AUGCAUAGUGCCGUAGAGCUUACACUAAACUUGACAGAUUUUGAUAAACCGGCACAAGUUCUUGAAAGAUCUGUGACAAAACUUGAGAAAUCUUUAAAAAUUUAUCAAUAUCUGCAUUCAAGAUUUUUCUCCUGGUUAAAUAGUUGUCCGUGGUUUGUUUGCGUAUUAAUUCAUGCUGUGGAGAUUGAACAGAAAGGUGAUAAAGUAUUUGAUGAUGAUGGAAUGCCAACAAUGGAUGAAACAGAUGAUGAACAAGUAAAAGUUUGCGAAUCAACAAGUGGUGGUGACUGA